AUGUCCGAACAAUUCUCAACGUCAGCAGUUUCUUAUGCUGGCCCUCUUCUUACCGCCGAAAGUGGCGUGGAGACAACACCUCGGGCUACAAAAAGAAUAAAAAAGAGAGAAGGCUCUUCUGAGGAUAACGGUGUCGCGAUUCUAGGCGAUAACGGGUUUAAAAAUGAAGAUUACCGUUGUGGUGGCCCAGGCCUUGUAAGGCUCCCUACACUCAACGAAAUAUUAAAACCCAAUGAGCCACUCCAUAUACUAUACCACGAGGAGCUGGUAGGUCCACUAAGACAUAUACUUGAAAAGUGGAAUGUUGAUUCCAAAUUUAUACAUUUGGUAAGACGAUAUCAUGCUAGAGACAGCCCUGACACAUCGGCAGAGACCGUCGUUGUCUCUGCCAAAAAACAUGAGCUUGAUAGUUCUUGGCUUUAUGCUUGCCAGGAGAUCCGUCACCUUUUUCUACAGCAUGGUCAGGUAAGAUUGAAAAUCGAAAUCUCCGAUGAAAGAGCUCUCGAACCCGUAUUCUCACGAUCAAUCACGGCCACUGAUCCAUUUAUACAUAAAUGGCAAGGUUUAAAGGGUCAGAUAUUGAAUAUUCUCAAAAGAAGUGAAUGGACCCUUCUCUCUGCUCACCUUAGGGGUCCCCGAAAUGGCAAGUUUGCACACACGGUGGUAAUUUGUGUCAGGGAGGACUCACGGCAAAACUGGAAUGAUGUUCGAGAUAGUAUUGUUCAUCAUUUGGAUACCAAUGAUCUGACUCAUAUUGCCGUGGAAAUAAUCCGUGACUCAAUAUUUUAUUGCCCAGAGCAAGCAGCUAUUCUCGAUGAGCAGGACUGGGAUAAGAAGGCCAAACUUGGCGGUAGCCUCGGAAUGCGAGGAGAACCCACUUCAUCAUUCACUUUUGGAGGGUUUCUUGAGUUACAAUUCCAUCGCCACCACCAAUGGAAAAGGUUUGGCGUGACAAAUUUUCACCCUAUAGCAAAUGAUCGUUGCCUUGAUGAUUGGAAAAGACACGGAAUUAUACCUGAGGACUCUAGGAAUAACAUUUCUAUUGAUCAUCCAAGCCUUGGCGAUCAUAACAUGUCUAUGAAAUAUUAUGAGGAUAAGGCUGCAGACAUUCAAACACAGAAGUAUUAUGAGAUCCAGAGGCGCCUUGAAGACGAAAAUCCAUCUCUUUCCAGGACUCAAAAGGCCAACUUCAAAUACGAUACGGAUCUUCUGAAUAGGUAUACCAAGACUAUCGAUCUCGCUAAUGAGUUUCAUCAGAAAGGAAACCAAUAUCUGGGAAGAGUAUAUGCAGCCUCAGGGCUUAGGAUAACCGCAACGAACAGGAUGCUAGACUGGGCUUUGAUUGAAGUAGAACACAGGAGACUGUCGCACAAUGAAAUACCAUCGGCGGAAGAAAUUCCCAGGAGCCGCAGAGAGAGAUACCGUCCAGACGGUACAGCCUUACAAGCAGCCACACAUCUCGAAGCCGACAUGCACCUGUGUAAAAUCAGUCGUAGGACUGGUUUUACAGAAGGUCGACUCGGUGCUCUACAUGUUGCUGAUCUACAAAGUUGGUCAAAAAACCAGGAUGGAAGCUGGACCAAGGUCCGUGGCUCACUUCAUGAGAUUUUUCCUGUUGCUCCCCGAGGGAUAUUUGGCGAUCCUGGGGAUUCUGGUGCUAUCAUAAUGGAUCGAAACGGAUCAUUUGUAGGACUUUAUGUUGGGGGAUGUAUAGAAACUGGGACAAGUUAUUUCAUGGAAGCCAGCGAUUUAUUCCAUGAUAUUAAAGAUAUCACUGGUGCGAUGGAUGUCAGGAUUCCGCAAGACGACUCCUAUUAG